AUGUCUGCUUCGGAAUCCAAGGGAACACAGGGUUUUUACGAUGAGCUGAAGGCUCUCUUCCAGCAGGCGGAUAAAUCCGGCGAAGGAAAGCUCGCUCUCCCCGAGUUCAAGGCCGCCGUGAAGGGUAGCAGCAGCGGCAGUCAACUGAACGAUAUGCAGUUGGAGGCCAUGUUCAACUUCUAUGAUGAAGACAAGACUGGAUUUGUCUCCUUCGAGAGUGUGUGGAAGAAGAUGAACAGUAUGAUGAAAUGA